GUCAAAAUCAACUUUUUUCUGUCACGUCAAUGUCAGAACAAAAAAAGAUAAAAUAAUCCGUUUUUUCCAAGAGAAAUUUGAAAAUUGGUCAUAUUUAACUAAUUUAGUGAUAUUUAGAGGAACAUAUAUUAUCAUUUUAUUAAUAAGAAACCUGAAGGUAUCAAGAAGUAAACCUCCAUGUCUUCAAAAGACACAGCUGCUCACUCCUUGGACCUCCAAGAAGUAACCAGUGAUCCGGAAGCCCUGAAAUCAGCCGAAGAACAAUCGGGGGACACCGGUACAACCCAAAAGAAAAAGAGAAAAAGAAGAAGAAAUAAGAAAGCAACUGUGGACAGUCCUGAAGGUGUAGCAGACCCAAGAAACCGCGAAAAUCCGUUGAUCGAGGAAACUUUAUCGGAGGGACAACCGAUUGGUGUAGUAGACCCCCAACCAUCCAAACCAAAGAAGAAGAAACUGAAGCUGAAAGAUGAACUGAAGCUGGACUCAGAAGAAGUUGACAAAUUAACAGUGAAAGUUCACCAAGAGACCCCCAGGACACCAGAGAAUAAGAAAAAGUCCAAAAAACCUCUUCAAGAGACUACAGGGCUCACUGAAGAUCCAGGAGAAGUUGAUCCAGUUGGAGCAGAAGUGGUAGCACCUGUUCAAGAGUCUCCUAGAACCCCAAGGAGUAAGAAAAAGCCUAAAAAGUCUGAUAAAAAUCUGAAUGAAGAGAAGCUGAGUAAUCAACGGAAAGAAUUGGAAAAAGUUGAUUCAGCUGGGCCAGAAGUAGUAGAAUUUCGCCAAGAAUCUCCUAGGACACCAAAGAAUAAAAAAAAGACCAAAAAGAACCGUCCAGAAAAGGAAAGAGAUUUCAAUGAAGGGACACUGGGUCAUCCAGAAGAAGAAGCUACAGCAAAUAAUGCAAAAGUCGAUGUAGACCUUGAAGUUCCAGCAGAACCAGCAAUGUCUCUGGUAGGAAUUGAUUCAGCUAGGAUAGAGGAGGUCGAGCUUCACCAGGAGUCCCCCAGGACACCAAAGAGUAGAAAGAAGUCCAAUAAGAACCGUCCACAAAAGCAAAGAGAUAUGAAUGAGGAAGCAUUGAAGGGUCAUCCAGCAGAAGAAACUGAAGCAAACAAUGCAACAGCUGAUUCAGACCUUAAGGUUCCAAAAGAAUUAGCUACAUCCAAGUUAGAAGUUGAUUCAGCUGUAUCAGAAGUGGUGGAGCUUCACCAAGAGUCUCCUAGGACACCAAGAAGUAAAAAAAAGUCCAAAACGCGAUGUCCACAAGCUUCAAAAGCUCCUGAACAACAAGUAGACCUGCACAAAAAAGAAGCUCUGAAGCCCUCAUUACUUCAAUAUGCAAUUGAUUCAUCAGGCACAAGAGAAGAAGAAUCAAAGGUUUCUGAUCAUAACUUUGAAGAAACCGGUCAUCCAUACUAUGUCCCUUAUGUGGAGUAUAUAAAUGAGACAACUCGCCCCAUAUCACGAGAUUCGGAGCAUGAUUUCAGAGUAGUUGUCCCUAUAUCCAGUAAUUCCCCACGUGCCUGCAGAUGGAACUUUGGAACGAAACUUUCAAGUGAUGAACAGGUUUUUCAACGGGAGACCACACAUAGAAGCACAGAAGAAGAUCAGGAAAAAACAGGAAACUGGAGUGAUGAUGGUAAAGCAAGAAUCCCAAAAGAUCCUGCUUUGGAGCAAACAGUUGCAGGAAAUCCCGACAAACUUGCAAAUGACGAAGAGCAAGGACCUUGGAGGACCUACAAGUCCAGAAAAUCCUCCAGAUCACCAAGGGCACAAGGGAAGCAGCAAUUUGUGGAGAUAACAACAGAUUUGGAGGCAAAUGUUGAAGAGCAAAGGAAUGACGAAGAGGUCAUCUGUGAUGUUAAGGAAUAUCAAAGAGUUUCUGGUGUUGAGGAGGAACCUCUUAGCAAGAAAAUAUCUGGUGUAGAGGUUCCCAAGGCUGAUUCACAUAUUUUGGUAAAUUUUGAGGAAAGACUUGAUGAAAUUGAGAAUGCAUUCAAGGGAGUGGGAGUAGAGCAACGGCCACCAAAGAGUCCCAAGAAGUCUAGGAAGCGUAGCAAAUCUCCUAGAAACAUAAAUUCUUUUGUAGAGCCUCCUAUAAGGAAUGAUCCAGUCAUCGUGAAAAAACUAGCAAAGGUUGAGGAACCUCGAAGACUUUAUGAAGUUGAGAAUGUAUUAAAGGAAGUAGGUGUAGAACAGGAGCCACCCAUGAGUCCCAAGAAGUCUAGGAAAUCCAGCAAAUCUCCCAGACACAAAUUGCCUGAUGAUGAGCACUCCAUGAUACUGAAACAAGAUCCAGUGAUUCUGGAAAAACUUCCAAAUUCUGAGGAUUAUUCAAGGCUGUCAAGUGAUGACAAGCCACUCAAUAAAGAGGAAGUAGAGGAGAAAUCUUCCAGGAGUCCGAAAAAGUCCAGUAAAUCUCCUAGAAACAAAUUUUCUUUUGUAGAACCUUCCGUGACUCCAAGAGAUGAUCGAGUUAUUGUGGAAAAACUGGAAAAUAUUGAGGAACCUCAAAAGCUUGUUGAAGUUGACAAUCCAUUCAAGGAAGUAAAAGUAGAGCAGCAGCCUUCCAGGAGUUCUAAGAAGUCCAGGAAAUCCAGCAAAUCUCCCAGGAACAAAACUCCAGUUAAUGUGGAAAAUAUUUUAAAUUCUGAGGAGUAUCCAAAACUUCCAAAUAUUGAUAAGCCUUUCAAUGAAAUAGAAGUAGAGGAGAAACCUCCGAAAAGUCCCAAUAAGUGCAGGAAGUCCAGGAAAUCCCCUAGAAACAAAUCCUCUUUUGUAGAACCUUCCGUGACUUCAAGUUAUGAUCCAGAUAUUGUGGAAAAACUGGCAAAUGUUGAGGAACCUCAAAAGCUUGAUGAAGUUGACAAUCUAUUCAAAGAAGUAGUAGUAGAGCAGCAGCCUCCCAGGAGUCCUAAGAAGUCCAGGAAAUCUAGCAAAUCUCCCAGAAACACAGGUCUUAAUAUAGAUAAUUCCAUGAUACUAAAGCAAGAUCCAGUGAUUCUGGAAAAACUUCCAAAUUCUGAAGAUGAUUUAAGACUUCCAUAUGAUGAGAAGCCACUCAAUAAAGAAGAGGUAGAGGAGAAAUCUCCAAGGAAUACCAAGAAGUCCAGGAAAUCUCCCAGGAACAAGACUCCAGUUAAUGUGGCAAAUAUUUUAAAUUCUGAAGAUUAUUUAAAAGUUCCAAAUAUCGAGAAGCCUUUCAAUGAAAUAGAAGUAGAGGAAAAACCUUCCAAAAGUCCUAAGAGUUCCAGUAAAUCCCCUAGGAACAAAACUUCUUUUGUAGAGCCUCCUAUGACUCCAAGAAUUAUUAUGGGAAAACUGGCAAAUGUUGAGGAACCUCCAAGACUAGAUGAUAAUGCAUUCAAGGAAAUAGAAGUAGAGCAGCAGCAUCCCAAGAGUCCCAAGAAGUCCAGCAAAUCUCCCAGAAGCAAAACUCUUGAUAUGAGCGUGAUAUUGAAGAGCGAUCCAGUUAUUGUGCAAAAAAUUCCAAACUGUGAGGACUUCCCAAAACUUCCAACUAUUGAGAAGACUUUCAGUGAAGAAGAAGUCGAGGAAAAACCUACUAGGAGUCCCAAGAAGUCUAGGAAAUACAGCAAAUCUCCUUGUGUAGAACCUCUCAUGAUUCCAAGGGAAGAUCCAGUUAUUGUGGAAGAACUGGCAAAUAAUAAGAAGCUUCAAAGUGUUGAUAAUGCGUUCAAGGAAUUUGGAGUGGAGCAGGAGCCUUUUAAGAGUUCCAAGACGUCCGAAAAACCUAGAAAAAAAAAUUCUUUUGAAGAUCUUCCUAUUGCUGCAAAGAACAAUCAAGUUAAGAAAAAAUUUAGUGAAUGUCAGCAGAUAACUCCAAGUCGUGCAAUGAUUAAUAAAGGUUGCAAAAGGACUAAAGAUCUCGAAGAAUUCCAGAGAGAGAAAUCAAAAGAGUAUUCCAGGAGCUCCAAGAAUACUGGUUCAAAUUAUUUGAUUCUAAAAGAACCUAUGCAGAAAACAGCUAAAAAAGAUUUUAGAGAGACCAACCAGUGGCCCUCAAGUGAUCCCAGAAAGGCCAAAAAGGGAGCCUUAAGGGGACAAUUGCCCAGAGAAAGACCAGCUAAACCGAAAAAGUCACCAUUCCUAGAGCAAUGCUUAAUCCAGUACCGUUUGGAGCACAAACGGUUCACAGCAUGCUUCCCGAAGAUCCCGUUCGUGGACCAGGUGGUGGGCAGUACUGAGAAUUCCCCGCGAAACGAAGAAGGAACUUUUGGACCCUCGGACAUGUCUGAUAGAAGAAUACUCGCUGUGGAGCCCCUAGAAGAAAAAAUGAAAAUAAUCCUAAAAGACACCGACAAGACGAUCAAGCCUGUUAAUCCGAACCUAAUGGAGAGUGUUAACGUGGGCAAGGAGGCCUUAGAGGUUCCAGAGAACCCGCAAUAUGAGGAGCCCAGGGGCAGAAAGAGAAGCAAACAGAGACAGGAGCAGACAAAGGACAAGGGAACAGACGGAGAGAAGAAAAAGAAGGAUGCGAGUCAAGUGGAGCCCAGGUCCAAGGUGUUCCAGAACGUGGUCAAAACGAUUUCGGGGAUAUUUUCCAGGAAGUCCAGGUCCCUGGAGGAUAUGGAGAGGAAGAUUUGGUUGAAAAAUAUGUCUAUGGAAAAGUGGUGGGUGGGCAAAAGUGUGUACGAGGAAGCGGAGGAGCUCUGGAUGGUGCAAAAACAAAGCGGAAGUGAAGUGGAAUUAGUGGAACCUGCACCGGAAGAGAGAACCGAAAAAGUGAAAUUUUACUGUGUGAUCUGUUUAAGUUUCCAAAUGGUUUACACGCUAUCUACUAACGUUUUAUUAAUGACGUUUGUUUUGUUAUUUUUACUGUUUUUUAUCGCUUAAUAGAGCUUUUAUAGAACUUUUAAA